AUGUCUACCAACUCUGGUAUCACCACCGACGCUACAACUGGCCAACGCUACAUUCCUUCCUCGCUUCGAGCAGACGGCUCAAAACGCCGUGAGAUAAAAGUAAAGCCGGGAUAUAAGCCCCCCGAGGAUGUGGAGCUCUACAAGAAUCGUGCUGCCGCCGCAUGGAAAACUCGUGGAAGAGGUGGGGUACCGGGGGCCGAAAGUGUGAGCAGCGAGGACGACAAGACCGCUCAGACCGCUGCUAGCAACAAGAACGCCAAGCGCAGGGAAGCCAAGCGUAAAACCAAAGAGAACGAGGAGUCGAACAGUCCCACCGAGAAAAAGGGCGCCGAGUCCGAGAACUGGCGUGUCCCCGCCCCAAAGAAGGAAGAACAGCCUGUUCAGGACCCCGUCGACAUUGAGGCCGAUAAGGAAAAGAAAGCUCGCAACUUGAAGAAGAAGCUCCGUCAAGCCCGCGACCUAAAGGAGAAGAAGAGCCAAGGUGAAGCCCUGCUCCCCGAGCAGCUGGAGAAAGUCAUUAAGAUCCAGGAGCUUGUGCGACAGCUCGACGCCCUGGGGUUCGAUUCCAAUGGCGACAAGAAAGACGAUACCGGCAAGGAGAAUGCUUGA